AUGAACCCUCCCUUAUUCCGCUGGUCGAACUUCGUGUGUCGAUCAUGUUGGCAGGAGACCCAGUGCUCUCCAUUGCGAACGGUAUCACUGUCCACAAGGGCUUUCGUGAAGGAGAGGAACCUAUUGAGCUUAACGAGUCUCCCGUUUAAUGGCAAGAAACGCAGUAAAUGGCUGCUGCAAUGCCGUUCACAAACCACUGCUUCGCAAGUGGCAUUGCCCCCACCAGACCCGACAGCGACGCGCUCAGUAGAGACACAAGCGAAAACCCUCCCGGAACCAGAUCUCUCAGAUCCCGCAAAAGCACUCGAUCAAUUGAUAGCGGACAGCAAGCGGAUACGCUCGUCAACGACAGUUCCGGAUAAUUUGGAUGUCCUUGAAUUGUUGGAGACCAGUCGGCAGCUCGCAGAGCUCCUCAUUUAUGGGGAACCUGAAUGGCCUGAGAGAAGCACGGGUGAGAUAAAGGCUACAGUCACCUCAACUUCAUCCAUACUCGGCCUGGAAGAAACAGCUAGGCAAGGAGCGAAGGCACCACUUCAGAUGUCGAUAUCUUUCAGACAAAAAGCAUCAGCUACCGUGGCCAAGAACCUUUACAACAUCCUCCGCGAUCCCAAGAUCUACAUCUCACUUCCCAUGCUACAAGUCUACGUCCACAUCCAAGUCCUCCUCGGCAAGCCCGAAUACCUACCCGAGGUCUUCCAUCUCUACGCUCACAAACCAAUACCCCACGCAUCCAAGUCGUCAAAAUCAGUCUCCUCCUCUUCCUCCCUAACAACCUCUUCACAAAACAUAACCUACAUCUCUCCCUUCCCACGCAACCCCAAAAACGCCAUCCCAACGCACCUCGCUUCCGCGGCCCUAACCUCGGCCAUCGCCGUCAAAUCCCUGCCCCUAGCGCUCUCCAUAAUCGAAACCAGCGUCGCGACGCCAUCCUUCCGGCUGCACAAGAUCCUCCGCCGCGCCUCCCUCCCCUUCCUCUUCCUCAGCCUGACCCCCUUCUGCGCCUACACCAUCUCGACCUACGUCGCGCACCACUGGCAGAACACGUACGACCCCACGCUGGCCACCUGGCUGACCGGCGCCGGCAUCAUGGCCUACGUCGCCACCACCGCCACCAUGGGCUUCGUGGCGUUGACCACGAGUAACGAUCAGAUGGAACGCGUGGUCUGGAGGCCCGGGACGAGGUUGCGGGACCGGUGGCUGAGGGAGGAGGAGAGGGCGGCGUUCGAUCGCGUGGCCCUGGCCUGGGGGUUCCGGGAGAAAUGGAGGUGGGGCGAGGAGCGCGGAGAGGAUUGGGAGGCGCUCAAGGAGUUUUGUGCGAGAAGGGACAUGAUGCUGGAUAAGACGGAGCUGUUGGAGGGGAUGGAGUGA